UGGCAAAAUAUUAUUCUUUAUUUUAGAAAUUUUUAUAGUUCACCGUUAGAAGCGAUUAACGAAUUCGGCUCGUUCUACCAUCUUUGGACGGGAUUUGUUUCUAUUGCUUGUCUCUAUAAUUAUUUAACAAUUGUUUUAAUGGUGUUUGAUGAUGUUUAUAAUUAUUAUUAUAAUUAUUGGAUUUAUGCAAAUAUCCUUUUGGAUUUCGUAAAUAUCUUAGAUAUUGUUGUGCAAUCGAACUUCUUGCUUGAUAUUUUGGCUAUACUACCACUUGAUUUUCUACUUAUAGUUCGGCCUGAUUUUGUUUGGACAAGAACAAAUAGAUUAAUUAAAAUAUAUCGGAUAUGGGAUUUCGUUAGAUUAACCGAGACUCGGACUAGUUUUCCUCAAAUAUUCCGCGUAUUCAAACUAACGAUUAUUUGUUACAUAAUAUUUCAUUUAAACGGAUGUUUAUUCUUUUUCAUCAGCAAGCAAUAUAAUUUCGAAACUGCAUUUAUCGAGGAUUGGAUCUUCUCGUAUGACAAAAUAUCAGAUCCUGUUGUACCAUAUUCUGACUUUGCAAGAAAUUCGCCCAACAUUACUUUUUUUCACACUGGGCAGAUAAAUCAAAGUUAUGUGGAAGAUCUCAUGCACUACUGGCAGAAUAAAACAUUAUCUAUAAAGUUUGGCAAUUUUAUAAAACAAUACGCACUAAGCUUUUACUGGUCAGCGUUGACACUGGUUACACUUGGCGAGCAGCCACCUCCUAAUAAAACGUCUCAAAACGCCUUCGAAAUUAUCGUCACUCUACUUGGAAUUAUCAUUUUUGCCGUCAUAGUCGGUGAAAUAGGUAGUGUGGUAAUUAAUAUGAAUGCUGUAAGAGCCGAUUUUGAAGAAAAGUUGGACGGUUGCAAGCAAUAUAUGAUUUUCAGAGAUGUACCAUCUCAACUUCAAGAGCGUAUAAACGGCUGGUUUGAAUAUGUUUGGGAACAUGGCCAAGCAAUCGUUGAUGAAGAGGCAAUCGCUGAGUUUUUACCGAGUCGUCUCUAUGCUAGUCUCGCAGUUUCAGUUCAUAUGGCAACGCUCAGGAAAGUCAAAUUAUUUGAGGAUUGCGAGGCAAAGCUUUUAUUUGAGCUCAUUCUCAUGCUUAAACUGCAAGUGUUCAGUCCAUUUGAUUAUGUUUGCAAGAAAGGCGAUAUUGGUAAGGAGAUGUAUAUUGUGAAAGAAGGAGAAUUAGAAGUAGUAAGUGAGGAUGGAGAUAUAGUUUUCGCCACACUUCGCGCUGGAACUGUUUUCGGCGAGCUAUCUAUUCUCGACAUUCCAGGCAAUAAAAAUGGUAAUAAAAGAAGUGCAAACGUUCGUUCCGUUGGUUAUUCCGAUUUAUAUGUUUUAACUAAAAGCGAUUUAUGGGAAAUAUUAGCUGAAUAUCCUCAUGCGAAAUCAUUGUUGAUAGCAAAAGGUAUUUCGAAGAAUUUUAAAAAAUUUCCGACUGGAGAAAAUAAUUUUCAUUUAGUGAAUUUUGUAAUUCCACCAAAAAUAUCUCUCUUAUUGAUCAGAAAUAUUGGCCACAGCUUAAUAAUUGUUUAG